GGAAACUUUUAGGACAAUAAAGAUGCAGAGCUGUAUUUCCCACUCACCCCCAACCAUAGCUGUUGGGACUGGGUGAGGAGGAGAGAAGACAAGAGGAGAGAGAAGGAGAGGAGAGACUGACGCAUAGUGAGCGAAGGGAAGUGCAGAGACAAAAGAAAGACAAGUAGAAUUAUAAGAGAUUUUGGCUUACCUCCAUGUUACUGCUUGAUCUUCAGCCCUUCCUGUGAGCUGUCAGACGCCUUCUUUUCCCACAAACCCCCACAACUUCCCACGUUGAGCCCGUGAGGCAGGGGAGCCACAAGUGAGUUUUCAUGGCAGCGGCACUCUAGGGCUGCCAUGGCAGCUGCUGCCGCCGAUGCCUCACACCGUAUUACCGCACUGACGCUGGAGGAAGAGGGACGACGGACUGCCGUCAAACUGUUUGGGAGCGCCGCCCCGCUGCCACGGACAGAGAGAGAGCGAGAGAGGGGGAAAGAGAGAGAGAGGGAGAGGGGACGAGUGGGCGAAGAGAUAGGGAGAGCGAGCGAGAACGAGUGUUUGGUGUGCGGGGCUCUGCUGGCCUCAGAGGAGAAGCUGCGGGUCCACGCCCUGAGUCACACGGGAGAGAAACCCUUCCGCUGCUCGCAUCCACACUGUCCCAAGGCCUUCAGCUCCAAAUACAAACUCUUCAGGCAUAUGGCCACACACUCUCCACAGAAGACCCAUCAGUGCUCAUUCUGUGAGAAAAUGUUUCACCGCAAAGACCACCUGAAAAACCACCUGCAGACCCAUGACCCCAACAAGGAGGCCUUCAAGUGUGAGGAGUGUGGGAAGCACUACAACACCAAGUUGGGAUACAAGCGUCAUAUGGCCAUGCACUCUGCCACGGCAGGGGAUCUCACCUGCAAAGUGUGCAUGCAGAGCUACGAGAGUACUCCUGUUCUCCUGGAGCACCUGAAGAGCCACUCCGGGAAGUCGUCAGGUGGCACCAAGGAGAAAAAACACCCGUGUGACCACUGUGACCGUCGCUUCUACACAAGGAAGGAUGUGAGACGGCACAUGGUGGUCCACACAGGCCGCAAGGACUUCCUGUGCCAGUACUGUGCCCAGCGCUUUGGCAGGAAGGACCACCUGACACGCCAUGUGAAGAAGAGCCACUCGCAGGAGCUGCUGAAGAUCAAGACAGAGCCCCCGGACAUGUUAGGUCUUUUAGCUUCCGGAUCCCCGCCCUGCUCUGUGAAGGAGGAGCUCAGUCCAAUGAUGUGCGGCAUGGGUCCCAACAAAGAUCCAAUGAUGGGCAAACCUUUCCCCAGUGGGGCCCACUUUCCAAUGGGCAUGUACAACCCCCACCAUCUACCAGCAAUGUCUAAUCCGGGGGUGGGUCACCCACACCCGUCCCUAAUGCCCAGUUCCUUGUCUGCAACUAUGGGCAUGGGCUGCCACAUGGAAUCCCCUGGACCUCUUCACCCACUCUCCCAUCACCAUCACCAUCAUCACCACCAUCACCACCACCACCAUUCCCCUCCACUGCCUACCCACCACCAGUCUCCGGCUCCCCAGCAGCAGCACCAGCCCCAGCCAGCCCACAAAUACCAGCUGGGAUCUACCUCAUACCUGCUGGACAAGCCCUUGAAAGUGGAGAUGGAGAGCUUCCUCAUGGAUCUGCAGAGUGGCUUGCCAUGUUCGGUUUCCUCUGUAGAGCCCCACGCUGCUGCCUCGCCCCCCAAGGACGGACUGGAGCCCACCUCGGGCCUGACGGAUGAGCUUUGCGGGGAUCACCUCCUGUCCAAGAGUCCUGCGAUGAUCGCUGAGUCUCUAUGUGCUGCUAACAUGGACUUCUCCCAUCUGCUGGGGUUCCUGCCCCUCAACCUGCCCCCAUACAACGCCCCCAUGAACACGGGAGGGCUGGUAAUGGGCUACACCUCAUCUGCGACCUCCUCCUCUUCUUCCUGCUCCUCCUCCUCAUCUCUGCACGCUGCCGAGCCCCAUGCGGCAGCACCUCUUACCUCUUUGCAACCGCAACCUCAGGAGCAGCAGAGCUCCAGUGGGGGUCUGGGCCUCGGACCCAUGCACCCCCUCCCCCCAAUGUUCAGCUCCAGCCUUAGUACCACCACACUGCCUCGCUUCCACCAGGCUUUCCAGUGAGAGAGAGCCGGCCCUCGGCUGCGCAGCCAUGACGGCCUCCGUGCCUGCCUCAGCCCAGCUCAGCCCAGCUCAGCAUGGAUAUUUUGGGUGUGGCGCUUCACAAGGCCUGAUUGAAAAGUUGGAGAAUUUGAAUUAAUAAACAAACAAAUGAACACUUAGAAGCCUUAAAUGAAAGUGCACAGAAGCUUUUGAUUGAGCCUUAAAAGGAAGUGAAACCCCUUUGAGCAAAAAAUGAAAAGGUGAGAAAAGAAGACGAAGCAGCUUUUAUUUGGGCUUUUCCCCCCCCUUAUCCUAUAGUUAUAACGACGUAUUAACCCUUCUUUUUUAAUUCCCAUUUACCUCAACUUUUAUCCCCCUUCCAUCCCCUAUUUAGUAGUAUAGAGGGCAGGAUCAGUAGGCCAAAAGGCAUGGUACUGCAUACUUUAUCAUGUAUAAUUAAAAAAAGUCAAAGAUAUUUUUUAGUGAAGAUUGUCUGUCUUGUUGUGACCCAGAAAAAAUAUAGUUUGAAGUGGAUAUUUAGUUUUACUUUAUUUUUCUUUUCCAAAUGUAAGAACAUUGUAGAAUGUGUCUCCUCUUGACUUUUGAACCACCCGCUGUCAUGAUGAGUACAGAUAGGAAGAGAUCAGUGAAGGAAUGAAGUGAGAUAGAAAUCAAGCCAACGAUUGAACCUUUGCUCUAAAAUCCUCCUCUUAAACACAAAAGUGCCAAUUUGAUAGAAGACCUAAUUAUUCUCUUAAACAACUGAUGUGCUCCUAGAGUCAGGUCAGGUUCAAUGGGAAUAGUUCACUAAAUGAAAAAAACCGAGGAACUGCCUCCUCUGGUUGCUGCCAAACACAGAGACCCACACACACUUUGAAAAAAAACAGGAAGAAAUGUGAAAGUGUGUGAGAUGGUUGACAUGGUUGUAUCAUCAUGCUGGCUUUGUUGUUUUUUUUUUUUUUACUUUUCCUCAAGAGAAGCACUUUUUUCUAGCAGACGGCACUUCACCUUUAGGAAUCUCCCCAGGAAACCUUUAGUCUCCUCACUUGUGACUUCCAGAGGUUUUCCCUGCCUGAGACUCGUGGUUCCUUCAAAGACCCAGAAUCCACCUGGUUUCUUUUGUGAGGACUCUUCUUCCUUCACCCGUCUUCCCUCUAACAGUUAUCUUUUUAAUUUUAAACUUCCCUCGAUAACGACAUACUGCAGCCCUCGGCUGCCUGACAUAUCUAAAACAUAGGCUAUAUUUUUGGAAUAUAACACAGACACAUCUUUACGCAGUCUUUUAAAAAGAUGCAUCAUCAUCAUCAUAUUAAUGGUGAACCCUGACAUAUGUGAAUGGCAAAGAACAAGAAUAACAGUGACAGAUGAGGAAAAAUGUGGUAAAGAAUGUUAUUGCAGUGUACGAAAUAUCUCAAAAAUGAAUAUUAUAAUUGCUUUUAUCUCAGUAAGGUGAAUUUUAGGUAGAUGUAUUAAAACUAAGUGAUGAUGUUUAUGAUGUCUGGCAGGUUUACAUUUGUGUAUAUCUUGCAUUUUUUUUUGAUCAAACAAAUGGAUGAAGUAUUAGCUUUUUCCCUUAUGCUUUCUCUGUCAUAUCAAGUCUUUACCUUUACAUGUACUUGAGAUAGGAUAGUGGAUCAGAACUGUGGAUGGGAAAUAUCUAUAGACGGCUGUUAGUGGCUUAAUAAUCAACUAGGAUUUGAACUAGAUUGUGUUGUAGGGAUGCUGACGUGGAUGGCCUAUGGAUUUAUGACUGUAGGUUGUUAUCUGGUGGAAUAUGUAAAUCCCAGAGCAGGUUUCACUCCGAGCUCAGUGGUUUUGGAUAUCUCGGAGUUUAGAGCCUUUUUAACCAUUCACCACCAGCCUUUAAAAACCUGAGCCCAAAGUUAACCCUAAACCUCAAAGUGAAACAGGUGCUCCUUUAGCUACUGUUCUGUCCGUGGCAUGACAAACACAAGUGACAUAUCCACAAGUUCACACAGGGCGGAGCUCCUGCAUCAUCUGUGACAUCAUCUGUCACAGGAGGAGCCCCGCUCACUCCGCCUUUAGCAGACAUUAAAUGUUGACUGAAAAAGAACGAAGAGAAAAAAAAAGAUAGCACAUGAACAAGGACAAAUAAAAUACAUAUUGCUGCUUUUAGCCACGGUUGCUGAUGGACGACAACUGUAGACCACUAGAUAAUUUCAAUCUUUUGCAAGAUUAACAGCAAGCUGAAAACAUGCACAAACAAACCCGAUGAAGUGUUCAUCGGUCACCCCCAUACUCCUCCUCCUCCUCCUCUUCUCUCAGCUGCUUUGUAGAGUCAAAGGAAAAGGGUCUGAAAAUACAGCGAUAUCUGGAAGAAUGCAGUCACUGAAAUUCCUGAGGCUUUGACAUUCAAAGCACAGGGGGAAACGCGACUGACUGCGAGACUUGCAGUAUCGCUCAUAGUCAUAUAUUUGUUUUGUUUGUUGUCAUAUGAUAUAUUAUUUUCUGUUUGUAUAAAACAGGACCUCGAAAAACAACACAACACAUCACCUCAUUUUUCUUUGUUUUAUUUUUUUUUUCUUACCAAAACCUCGGGAGAAGAAACUCACACUUUUGCGCAAUUGCUUGUAAUCCGAUUUGUAUACUGUAGGAUAUAAAAAGCCCAACUAUGAGCAGCUGACGGCCCCUGCGUGGUAGACAGGUGAAUAUUCCCCUCGGAGCAACUGAAAAUUCAGAAUCAGCAAGCAAUGAUGUUCCUAACAGUCUGACUGUUUAACCACAUAUUCAUCGCUGAAAUCGUAGAUUUUAUAUUCAGAGUUCUGAACUAAUUUGAACCUUAUUUUACACGUAUUAGUCUCCCCCCUGGAAGGUCAUUAUUUUAAUGAUGAUUCUUGUAAAAACGAUCAAACUUGUCAUUGAUCCUAAAUAAAUUUGCUGUCGGCACCUUUCUGAUAAAUUUACCUGAUAUAUAUUAAAAAAAAGAGCCAAGAUUCAAAUUUGAUCUUUACUAUGAGUUUAAAAUGUAUAAAAUCCUCCUGGCUUAAGCCAGAUUUGUAGCAAUCAAAUUGAGCAUUUAUAUUUUUGUAACAAAGACUCAUUUAAUGCUUAAAAAAAGGGUUACGGAAAAGUUUUGGGCAUGUAUUAAGUUUGUCCUCCCUGGGUUUCUGUGAGCUAAUCUGAAUUCUAGCACUUUCAACCUUUAAAAAAAAAAGAGUAUUUUUUUUUUCAUUUAAAAUUUCAGCUUAUAUGUUCAUAUGUUUUUUAAUUUUGUAUUGAUCCUGUACAUGUAUGUGCCAUUAGUUUGAUGUGUAGACUUUAUCAACCUUUGUGUAUUUCUCUUCUCCAAAAGAAUAACAGUAUUUUUGAUAGACUUCUCACUAAUAUCCUUCUUCAUACGAGCCCCCUGCCCCUUCUCCUCUGAAGCUUUCAAUUUGAGAAACCAGCUUUGCCUUCUUUCUCAUAAAUUUAUAGAAUCAAACUCUGCAGCCAAGUUCUUGAAGAGAGCAGCAGCGACGUGUCUGUUAUUCUGAGGCGAUGACAAACGAUGGUUGUCAGGGGGCGUCGAAGCCACAACCUGACCACAAGCUUCCACUGAGACCGUUGCAACCGAGGCACACCUGCAGGCCAUUUAUAUACAAUGUAACUGAACAAACAUCGUGUCAGGAGUGACCCCAAAAUAUAAGCACUUAAAGCAGAUCGCUCCGGUCCCUGCUAACAGGAGCAACUUCCUGCUUUAAUGACUCGAUUGUGUGACUGAGGCCACCAUGUUGCAGAGGAGAACACUUCCAGUUUCUCAUUGUGAAGUGGAUCGACUUAGCAAAUAGGCGAAAAAUAAACAAAUAUAAUUUUAUAUUUUUCAAGACGGAAGUGAAAGUGUGUGGUCAGGCUGUGCUCGUAGCUGGAAACACCGACACCAUCAGAACUCACAGCUAUUGUCUUUAUUUUAUUUUCAGAUUGACCCAGGACUGGGUCAGUCAUUAAUCAAUCACAUCCCGAUGUGUAUGGAAACCAAUUACUGAAAGAAAAAAAACUAAUUAAACUCAUAUUAAUAAAAUACAGUAUUAAGUUAAUACUAUUGACUGUUUUCAAAUAAUCUGCUUCAAAUUCGCUUUGAAAUUAAAAAAUAUUAAAUUUAGAUUUGGUUUAUAAAAACGUAUGUAAUGACGAUAAACAUUUGACGUAGCUUUUCGAAAUUUUGCAAACACACAUUUGUAUUUAGUGAGUCAAAUUUCUGUUUUCUUUUACUAGGCACAAAGACAUCAUUAGCAAAUUCAGUGAGUGGAAAUUAAAGUUAUUUGCUUUAACUUCUCAUCUGCUACUUUAUCAUUUUAAAUGUAUGACAUCAAAAUUGAGAGUUAAGUUAAGCUUUUCAUUCAGUUUAGAAGAAGUUGAUUUUUUUGCAGAAAUAAGCUUCCAUACACAAGCUAACAGAAAAAAAGCUCACACCAAACCAGUGCGCGUCAGAAACACUUGAUAUGAGAUGGAUGCUCAUGUUGCUCUGUUCUGUGGCUCGGCUGUAGAUCCAUUACCUCGACCUGCACCUACUAGGGAUGCACUUAUCCUCAACUUUUCCUCUUUACUAGUAGGUGCAGAGCAUAAAAAAAGUUAAGGGAAUUUUUUCAUCAGUUAAAGCCUGAAAAACUGAUUAGAUUUUUAAUACUGCUCUCUCUCGCUCUCUCCCUCUCUUUUUUGCUUUUAGUAAGAAACUGGGUACUGUCUGAUGCAGACAACAUCCAUGUGUAGUUUUAUAUAUUUCUAGCUCAAUGUAAGUCUUGCAUUCCAACCUCUUUGUGUAUCUCGUUUAGUGACAUAGCCCUUUAUUUUUUAUCACUUGCUAUAACAGCCACGUCUGGAAUAAAAAAAAGGUGAAAUAAGGUGAACGAAAAUAGAAUAUUUUGCAUUCACUGACACUAUUUUAUAUAGCAUGGAGUUUAUCAACUACAGGGAGAAUUAUAUAAAUAAUGUGCUUCAGAGAAAGGAAGAAAACAAGAAGAAGUCUCGCUUUUUUGUUACAUAUCUCACAUGCAAUCAGUUGCUGCAAUGUAAAAGUGACAGAUUUGUAUAUUGGUUGAUCCAAAGAGAUGAACACAACAACAGAACUAUUGACUUAUUGUACAGUACAGUGUAUCUUUGAGUUGUCAUGUGUUAUGUUGAAAUGAUUAAAAGACAAACCAGCAGUUUCGUA